CCGAUUAUUUGUUACAAAAUUAACAUGGCUACACUGCCAACAAGGCACCUUCGAUCGAUGUGUUGCUGUCAAUAAAUUUUUACGAAAUUAUACAUGAAAUAUUUUAUUAGAACACAUAAUAUCUCGAAUAAGAGUCACGAUAUUCGUUUGUAAAGCAGUGACGAAGCUGUUUGUCGCAAUCUAGCAUAUGUGAGGAGUUCUUUCGCGAAUGUUACGUAAGCGGCGAUAGUGCAGCAUGUCGUGGAUGAAGCGGCAAGGCGGCGCGCCCCCGCCGAGUGCCGAGCAGCAGCCCUACGCCGCCGUGCAGCCAUAUGGGAAUCAACAGAAUAUGUUCCCAAACUAUCAAGGAGCACCGCCAAAUCAGCAACAGCAGAUGUGGCAAAUGCCACAGCAGCAACCACAGUACAAUCAACAAUAUGGCCAAGUUUACCAGCACCAGCAACCAUUUGUUAGCAAUACCAAUCAGUACUUUCAGCCACAACAGCCACAGCAAUAUAAUCAAAACUAUGUAAAUCAAAAUUUUGAUAAUACACAGUCAACAUAUCAACAAAAUUAUUACCACAAUCAAGUGUCACAACAACUACAGCCUCCACAACAACAACAGCAACAACAACAGCAACCUCAACAGCAACAGCCCUUCGCCCAAAAUGAAGGCAAUGCAGAUGCAUGGGAAGACAAUUGGAAUUGGGGCUGGGAGGAUUCAUCUAAACAGCAUCAAAAGUCUAUAAACCAAGCUGCUCCCAGUCAGCCCGCUGUACAGGCUCAAGUCUAUAAUAAUGCUAAUGUCAUAGAGGAAAGUUUUGCAUCUACAAACAACUGGAAUUGGUCAAUGGAAGAGAAGAAAGAUAGUGAGUUUAAUCCAUCAAUGACUCAAUCCGUCCAGGAUAAUCAAGAGAAGAAUGUCCGAAGUGAUAAUUCACGUAGUGAAAACAGUAUUGCAAAUGAACCUAACAACCAAAUAAGUGCAGAUACUAUUUCUACUCAUAGUACAACAGAGGAUGUAAAAACCUUAAGUGACAAGGAAAUUGUGAAAGAGGCUUUACCUAAUUUAGCUCUGGGAAAGCGUAUUAAUUUAGAAAAUUUAACUCCUCAGUGGUCUAUUGAAUCACAAAUGUCACAGGACUCUAGCGACGGACCACAUACUCAUUCAGAGGGCACUUACAGAAGUGAAAAUCAAUCUAGGAAUUCGAGUAAAAGUAGUCCAGGACCAAAUUCAGAUACUACUAAUUUCAACUACUCACAGUCUACUUUUAAUGAAAUGAAUGUAACUAGUAGUGAAUGGUCCAAACAGUCUACUGAGGACUCAAUGCUAGUCAGUAAUAUACAAAAUAAUAAUAGACGGGAAAGCUGUGAUGAAUUAGUUAACUCUAUACAGGAAAUGAAUUUAGCUAAUCAUGAAAAUGUACCUCUAGAUUAUGAUCAUUCUAGCCAUAAUGUUGAAAAUAUUAGGGAGAGUAAACAAACUCCAGCACCUGUUCAAUCUAUAUCCCCUAAUCCAAUGGUUACAAAUCAAUAUGUUCCACAACAAUCAAUGCCUCCUCCGCCUCCUGUCUCUCAAAACUUACAUCAUAACUCAACAUCCUCAAUACCAAGCACUGUACAAACUUCGCAAUCUUUACCUCCAACAAACAUUACACCACCACUAUCUAUAGCUCCCCCACCUUCUUCAACAAUGUCUCUCCCACCUACAAAUUUUCCAUCAUCUUCAAAUCAGAAUCCAUUCAAAAGUGCUACUCCAUUUUCACAUAAAAAUAUUGCUAAAAUACCAUCUGUUAAUCCUCAACCUCAGACUUUUGUCUCACCAAAUCCUGGCCAAAACCUAACUUCACCAGCUGCUGUUAAUAAAGUAGUUCAUCAAGACAGACUCUCUGCUACCUUUGGAGCUAAUUUAGAAACUACGCCAGAUAAUUCCGAGAGACCCGAUCAACCUCAAGUAACAAGCUAUAGAUCAAUGCCUUUACCAUCACAAGUGCCUGAUAACAUGGAAAUAGCUCCUCAGAAUGAUAGAAAUGAGUAUUUACAAACUGCUCACUUAUCGAGUGGGGAUUAUGGUGAAAAUACUGACUUCAGUCGCAAUAUGCCUCCGCCUGGGCUCAGAAGAAUGGGAGUUGGCCAACAAGAAGUUGAAUACACUCAGAAUUUAAAUAUUUCUGGUGAUGAACCUCCACCAGGUUUAGCACGCAUGGUACCUGGACAACAUACAGAAACUGAUAACUCUUACAAUCAAGCACCUGAUGAUUACCUAGACCGACAAAUAGAUGGGCAGCCGACAGAUAGUAGUGGUCGCCCUUACAGGCAAGCUGAUGGCCAACAGACCCCUGAUAUUUACUCACAACCUGUGAGCAACAGAGGAGGAGACAGAAGGCCUGUCGGGUUAGACAGAAUGGUGCCAGGGGAGCCUAGCAAUGAUGAAUAUCCUUCUCAAUACCAAUCUACUAAUUUUGCUCCCGUAAAUGAACAAAGGGUUGUUACUGGUGUUGAUCAUGAUUACCCAAUAUCGUCAGAUGUUGGCCCUAGUGACAUUCGUGAACAAAACGUAGAUGGAUCCGACUACACUGAACCGGCUCCCAGGAAUCCCUCGAGAAGUGUAAUCGGAGCACGAGAAGCUAGUAAUGCCACGUCUCCGGAUUUCAGUCUUUCUGUCGACGAUCACCAAAGAGAGAUCACAAUGGAAGGUGAGAAUCUACAAGAUUUGAGCGUCGUUUCGUCAGUAGACAUGACUUUUUCGAGGGAACUAAAUGGGUCAAAUGCGAAUAUUGUGGACACAACAAAGGAUCGCAGCCACGACUUAGCGGAAGCAUCUGAAUAUCCAGCGAGCAAUUCGAGAAAGCAAUCUCUUAAUCGCGUCACUUCCGGUGAGGAUUCAGAGAGAGAUAGAGCCUACAAAGCGUCCCCGAGAAAGGAUAGGGAUAAACAAAAAUCCUCGAAAGAUCGCGACAGGGAUAGGGACAAGGAACGAGGUCGAUACUCUCGAGGCGAUAGGAAGCACGAUCGCGAAUCGGAGAGGCGAUCAGGUCGGGACGAGCGUCGCCCCGAUAAGGACCGGCGGGACCGGGACCGAGACAGGCGGGACAAGGACGAGAGCCCCGACGUGCGACGACACAGGCGCAGCACUCGCUCGCACCGAUACGAGACCGAAGACACCGACUACUACAGCGACAGGGAAAAGAGUCGAAGACAAUACCGCGAGGGGUCGUACACGUCGUCCAAGCCGCCGCGCGACGACAAGGGGCGCUACGAGGAGCGCUCGCGGCGGCGCUACCACACGCUGGAGCGCGAGCGCUACGAGGACGAGCGCCGCCGCGAGCGCCCCCGCGAGCGCGAGCGCUUCGAGCGCCGCUACCGCGACAUCGACCCGCUCAAGUACGCCUCGCUGCGGAGGGAGCGGGACGACGACAGGAGGAAAGUCGUAACGUUCAGUGGCGAUGCUAAAAGCGAUAGUAGUAGAUCCAAAGGCGAGACGUACUCGUCGGGAUCGCGCGCGGGCUCGCGCGAGGCGACGGCCACGGACGAGGAGGACGAGCCGCGCCGCCGCCGCCGGCAGCGACACCACCACUACUAUGACGGCUACGGUGCGGGCUGGGACGCGCUGGAGGCGCAGCGGCGCCAGUACGAGUACUACGAGCGGCUGCGGCGCACCGACCCCGCCGCCUACAUGCGGGUCUACAAGCAGCUCGUCGCCACGCCCACCCUCUACGGCAACCUCUACGCGGACGGGUACGGGCAACUCGGGAUGGCGGGCUACGAGGCGCGUGCGGAGGAACGCGGCAGCGUCCACUCGGGCCGCUCCAGCGCCAACGGACUCAAGCCCGCCGACACUGGUCAUUGGUGUAGGUUCUACGCGGGCCGCGGCGCGCGCGACGCCGCCUCGCUGCGCACCGACUACUCCGACAGGGAACUGACGACGGACAUGUCCCUGAACUUACACCUCGAAGAGUCCACCGUCCGCUCUGAACGAAUGACGCCUUUCAAGUACUCCACUGCACAUGUCAAGGGCGUGCUGAGCGCGCGCGCGCUGGUGGUGGUGAGCGCGGGCUGGCCGGUGGACGGGCGCGCGCCGGCGCUGCGCCUGCUGCCGCUGGCGCGCCUGCUGCAGCGCGAGCCCGCCGCCGCGCAGCUGGCCGCCUACCCCGGCCCGCUGCUCCGGGGAGUGACGCACAAGAAGAGCGUGGUGGAGUACUGCGCGGCGAGGGCGCGCGACGCGGCCACGCUGGGCGGGCCCGACGUGGUCGGGUACGCGCUGCUGUGGGACCUGCUGGCGCUGCUGCUGCGGCAGAACGGGGUUGUCGUUGGUUCGGACGUCGCCGAGUUGUUGAUGAAAAAUACGAAAGAAUUCGAAUAUAAGAUACCGGAAAAGGGCACGGAACGUGGCUCGUCGCUGUCGGGUUCGCUGGACGUUGAACGCGAGGUGCCGUCACCGCCACUGCCGGUCGACCCACCGCUUGAAGAAGAAACAGUUAAACCGGUUAUCGACGAAAAGGAAGCAAUAGAACGCUUCCGAGAAUACCUCAUCUAUGGAAACCGACAAGAGGCUCUGGAGUACGCGAUGAGCGCCGGGCUGUGGGCGCACGCGCUGGCGCUGGCGGCGGGCGAGCGGCGCUCGCGCGGCGCCGUGCUGGCGCGCUUCACCGCGGCGCUGGCGCCCGCCGACCCGCUGCACUCGCUCUACACCGCGCUGCAGCAGCGCGCGCCGCCGCUGCUAGCCCGGCGCUCGCGCGGCGCCGUGCUGGCGCGCUUCACCGCGGCGCUGGCGCCCGCCGACCCGCUGCACUCGCUCUACACCGCGCUGCAGCAGCGCGCGCCGCCGCUGCUAGCCCGGCGCUCGCGCGGCGCCGUGCUGGCGCGCUUCACCGCGGCGCUGGCGCCCGCCGACCCGCUGCACUCGCUCUACACCGCGCUGCAGCAGCGCGCGCCGCCGCUGCUAGCCCGGCGCUCGCGCGGCGCCGUGCUGGCGCGCUUCACCGCGGCGCUGGCGCCCGCCGACCCGCUGCACUCGCUCUACACCGCGCUGCAGCAGCGCGCGCCGCCGCUGCUAGCCCGGCGCUCGCGCGGCGCCGUGCUGGCGCGCUUCACCGCGGCGCUGGCGCCCGCCGACCCGCUGCACUCGCUCUACACCGCGCUGCAGCAGCGCGCGCCGCCGCUGCUAGCCGGCGCGUCGGACCCGCGCUGGGGCGACUGGCGGCCGCACGCAGCCAUCCUGCUGGCUAACGGGGGCGCGCGGCCGGAGCAGGAGCGACGCACGCUGGCGCAGCUCGGCGACACGCUCAGCGCCCGCGGGCUGCUGUACUCGGCGCAGUUCUGCUACCUGUCGGCGGGCGAGCCCUUCGCGCCGCACCCGCUGGCCCCGCUGCAGCCGCCCCGCUCGCCCCGCGCGCCGUCCCCGACCGGCGCCCCGGCCGCCCCGGCCGCCCCGCCGCGCCUGUCGCUGCUGCUGGCGGACCCCCGAGCGCCGACCCUGGCGCGCUUCGCCACCAACGAGGCGAUCUUCGCGACGGAGGUGUACGAGUACGCGCUGUCGCUCAGCUCCGCGCAGCAGGACUACGUGCUGGACGAGCUCACGGUGUACAAGCUGGUGCUGGCGGCGCGGCUGGCGGACGCGGGCCAGGCGGAGCGCGCGCUGCAGUACGCCGAGCGCGCCGCGCGCGCGCUGGCCGCCGCGCCGCGCCGCUCCGCCGCGCUGGCCGCCGCCGUGGCGCAGCUGGCCGACCGGCUGAAGUACUGCGACCCCGCGCUGGCGGACGAGGCGGCGGAGGAGGCGGGCUCGGGCUCGGACGCGGGCGAGCCGUCGCCGCGGCGCCAGCGCUGGCUGCGCGACCUGCACGCCACCGCGGCGCAGCUGGCGGCGGAGGAGUCCCAGCAGAACACUCCGCAGCACCACGCAACCGUGAACCACGUCGCUGACUCCGCGCAGUACCCGCAGUGGGACCAGACUCUUCAGCAACCCUCAUCAGUACCCCAGUACCCGGACCCCGUCGAUGACACUCUAGACUACCCGUCCCAGUACUACCAGAGUACGCCUGUGCAACAACAGCAGUAUCAACAAGAGCCGGAGCCGCAGCAACAACAACAACAGCCGCAGCAGCACUACGAGCCGCAGCAGCAGCACUACGAGUCGCAGCAGCAGUACGGCUACGAAGAUCACACGCAGUACGCGGACCCGUACUGGCAGGGCAACGCGCAAUACGAGUAUAAUGAGCAGAGCGGCGAGAACUCGCGGCCGACGAUCACGAUGCCAGGUGCGACUCGCAACGCGCCUCGCGACGAGGACCGGCCGUCGUCGGCUGAACAAAACGACCGAGACUCGGACAGCCCCAAGUCCACCGGCAAGGAGGCGAAGAGCUCCGAGGGCGCUAAGGACAACAAGAGCGGCAAGGGCGGCGGCGGCGGCUGGCUGGGCGGCUUCCUCACCAAGCUGUCGCGGCGCGCGCCCAACCAGAUGAUCCUGCCCGACGACACCAACCCCACCAUCGUGUGGGACGAGCAGCGCAAGCGCUGGCGCAACACGGCGGAGCCCGAGUCCGAGCCCGCCGCGCCGCCGCCGCCGCCCGCCCUGACCGCCCUGGCCGCGCAGCUAAGCACGUCGACUCCGCUCGGGUCGCCGGCGGCGCCCGGCGCUCCGCCCGCCGCGCCCGUGUCGAACAUCUUUAAAAUGCAGAAAGGACGACAUAUAAAGAAGUCGUACGUGGACGUGCUGAACCCGGGCGGGGCGCGCAUGUCGGCGGCGCCGCUGGCCGCGCCCCCCGCGCCGCCCCUCGCGCCGCUGCCGCCCGCCCCGCCGCCCACCGACUACUUCGUGCCCGCGCCGGCACCUGCGCAGGGUGGAAUCUACGACCCGGCGCAGCUGGCGGCCGCCGACGACGACUACCGCAGCGGGAUAUGA